CUUUGUUGAUGAUAAGGAGAAAAUAGAUGAGAGAAAUAGCUGUGUUAAGAAAGUGCCAUGUUUGACAAAUCAUAAUCACUAAUAUAUUACCCCUAAAGAGUUUUACAAAACUUUACAUAUACCAUAGAUGAUUUUAUUGUUUAUUAAGUUCAUUAAUUUUGGACCCUGGAUCUUGUAAUGAACACAUUGUUAACUCCUUCAUGCGCUCUCCACCUAUCAAGCCUUUCUCCUGUCAAGAAACAUAGCUGCUUGCCUUAAUUAUUUUAUACUAGUUUCGAUCCUGGCUUCUUUGUCUCCCAUGGAGGACGUUAAGCAACCGCUUCUACUUUCCCCUCGGGAAGUCGACGAGGACAACCACCUCCAACCGCAGUUACUUUCUAAAGCCUCAAACGCCUCCUUCUCCUCCACCACCUUUACCCCCGCCGCCCAUGACGUCCCUCCGAUCAACGGCGUUCGCGACUUCUCUAGAGAAUUCUUGACUGAGUCCAAGAAGCUCUGGUUCCUUGCCGGCCCCGCCAUCUUCACCUCCAUCUGCCAGUACUCCCUUGGCGCCAUCACUCAAGUCUUUUCUGGCCGGGUUGGCACUCUGGCUCUCGCCGCCGUGUCCGUCGAGAAUUCUGUCAUCGCCGGUUUCUCCUUCGGUGCCAUGCUUGGCAUGGGGAGCGCACUAGAAACAUUAUGUGGCCAAGCAUUUGGAGCAGGGCAGCUUGACAUGCUAGGGAUAUACAUGCAAAGAUCAUGGGUCAUCCUCAAUUCAACGGCUUUGAUCCUAAGCUUGCUAUACAUAUUCGCGGCCCCAAUUUUGAAUUUAAUAGGGCAGACGGCAAGCAUAUCCAAGGCUGCCGGAAUAUUCUCAAUAUGGAUGAUACCACAACUGUUUGCUUACGCCGUUAAUUUCCCCAUGGCAAAGUUCUUACAGGCGCAGAGCAAGAUAAUGGUGAUGGCGGUGAUAGCCGGUGUGGCCUUGGUGCUGCACACCUUAUUUAGCUGGCUCUUGAUGUUAAAGCUUGGGUUGGGUCUAGUGGGCGCAGCCAUUGUACUAAACGCAUCAUGGAUAUUCAUAGAUGUGGCUCAGUUCUUGUACAUCAUCAGCGGAACUUGCGGCCGCGCCUGGACCGGCUUCUCCUGGAAGGCUUUUCAACAUUUAUGGGGAUUCGUGCGAUUGUCACUAGCAUCAGCAAUAAUGCUCUGCAUGAACAUAUUGGGAUGGACGGUCAUGGUUGCUUUGGGAAUGAAUGCAGCUAUAAGUGUGAGAGUUUCCAAUGAAUUGGGAGCAGGACAUCCAAGAACAGCUAAAUUUUCAUUGGUGGUCGCCGUCAUCUCUUCAUUUCUAAUUGGUCUAGCCCUCUCGCUUAUACUGAUAAUCUUUAAGAAUAAAUAUCCGUACCUAUUUUCAAAUGAUACACAAGUUCAAGAUCUCGUUAAGGAGCUCACUCCACUCUUGGCUCUUUGCAUAGUCAUCAACAAUGUUCAACCUGUCCUUUCAGGGAUGGCCAUUGGAGCUGGAUGGCAAGCAGCUGUUGCCUAUGUUAACAUUGCAUGUUACUAUAUCUUUGGAGUUCCUUUGGGUCUCACAUUAGGUUAUGCGCUUGACAUGGGCGUCAAGGGAAUUUGGUAUGGGAUGCUAUCAGGGACGGUCGCACAGACUUGUGUCCUAUUUGCAAUGAUUUACAAAACCAACUGGAACAAAGAGGCUUCAAUUGCUGAGGAGAGGAUAAAGAUAUGGGGAGGUAAUAGUGACUCCGAACAGACCAAUGUGGAAAAUAAUGCAUAAACAUGAUUACACAAGAAUAAUUGAAGUGAAACGUUGGCCUUAUGUGAUGCGAUAUAUAUUGAUUGAAGAUGAAGUUGAAGUUCAUUUCAUCAAUUUUAUGAUCUCUCUCCCACAAAUAUACUGUUCUAGCAACAGUGCUUCCCCCCACUUUUUUCUUUUGUUGACCUUCACCCUUUAGUGAGCCUGGUUUCUAUUGGCAUUCUUUGGGCCUUCGUGUCUUUUUCCUUUUUCCCUUUUGAUAUUUUUGGAUUUUUUUUCUAAUGUUAUAAUUUUUUAACCUCAUCUUAUGUUUCUCUUUUUGGGCCAAACCUCAUCUCAUGUUAAGCAAUCCCUUAUCACUUUUUUUAAUUUAAAAAAGAUUCCUUAA